CACAUAAUAAUGAUGUUGAAAUAUAUAAUUCCAUCAUCUGUAUCCAUAUCAUCAUCAUCAUCAUCAUUAUUACAAAUGUUUAGAACGUUUCAAUUAAUUCUAAUCAUUUGUUGUAUCAUUCCAUUAAUUUCAUCAUCAUCAUCAUCAUCAUUAUCAACAUUAGAUCAUUCACAAAAACAUUAUCACAAUAAUCAUCAUCACAUUAAUGAACACAAACUGCAUCAUCAUCGACAAACUGAUGAUUAUUCGACAAAUAUCGUUAGCCAUGGUCAUUCAAUUCGAUAUUAUGAUGAUGAAGAUGAUGAUAAUAAUAAUAAUAAAAUCUAUAAACGAAUACGUAAACAUUCACGUUCAUCGUUGAUUGACGAUGAUUCAACAUCAUUACCAAUAAGUGGUGAUGAUCAUGAAUCAAACAUACCAGUUUCGGAUAUUAGUGUGCAACCAGAAUUAUCAUCAUCGAUAAUCGAUUUUAAUUAUAUAACUAAUGGUGAAAAUAAUAAUAUUACCGAUCAUUUGUCAACAAUCGAUGGUGAAGAUGAUACAUCGAUAACAUAUGAUGAUCGUCUAUGUCCAAGAGAUCGUGAAGAAGCUAAAGCACGUGGCCAAUCAUGUUUACGUAAAUGUAAUUCACAUAAAGAUUGUAUAUCAUCAAAACGUCGUUGCCUUUGUGAUGGUCUUUGUGGUUGGAGCUGUAUAAGACCCGAUUUAAAUUGUGAAGAAUUACCAGGCGUCGCUAACAGCCGUUACACAUUAACGAAUGAAAAUUUUUUCCAUUCAAAAUUGAUUUACGAAUGUGACCCCGGUUUUAUUAUGUCCGGCACUGGACGUGAACGUAUUUGUCAAGGUGAUGGUUCCUGGAGUGGUUGGCCACCACAAUGUAAAACUAGACCUGUUUGUGGAACACCACCAUUCAUACCACAUUCAAAACAUUCAGAUUUAGUUGGCACCGAAUUUGAGCUAAAUAAAACCGUUAUAUAUGAAUGUUUCAAUGGUUAUGAACCAAAUGGUUCAACUGAAGCAUUAUGUGUCCAUCGUAAUGAUACAGUAUUUUGGUCGAUCGAUUUAAUUUGUGUUCGUAAAAAUUGUGGUGAUCCAGGUAAUAUUGAAAAUGGUUAUAGAAAAAUAUCUGGCUAUGUAUUCACAUCGAGUGUUAAUUAUUUUUGCAAUGAUGGCUACAUAUUGGCUGGACGUGCAUUACAUUAUUGCCAAUCCGAUGGACAUUGGGGCGGAGAAUUACCUGUAUGUAAACCUGUUAAAUGUAGCCAACCAAAAGAUCCACAAAAUGGUCGAGCUUUCUAUGACAAUUAUACUUAUGGUUCAAUAGUUAAAUAUCAAUGUAAAAGUAAUUUUAAACUACAUGGACCACAGAAUCGUACUUGUCAAUCGAAUCGUGAAUGGUCGGGUGAUGAACCUGAAUGUAAAAUAAUUGAUUGUGGCCAACCGGAUCCAUUUCCAAAUGGUUACAUUGAAAUACAAUCAACAACAAUUGGUUCGACAAUUUAUUUCUAUUGUUUUGAUGGCAUGAUUUUCGAUGGUCAAUAUACAAAUAGUACUUGUACAAUAAACGGUACAUGGAAUCCAUAUCCAUUUCCCAAAUGUUUGGCACCAUGUUCGAUACCGCAAAUUAUCAAUGGUAUGGUUGAAAAUCUACCACCACGUACAAAGAUUCAACAUGGCCAACCAAUAAACGUGACAUGCAUAACAAAUUAUGAUCUAGCAUAUCAAUCUAAUCCAAUUGUUUGCUAUAAUGGUAGCUGGUCACAAUCACCGACCUGUGUGCCAGCACGAUGUAAAAAAUUGCCAACACGACCAAACAAUGGUUUUGUUGUUGCACCAAAAACUGAACAUGGUAUGCGUGCCCUUUUCAUAUGCAAUGAUGGCUAUAUAUUGGAAGGACCAAAUAUUACAUAUUGCCAUUUUGGUGUUUGGAAUAUUUCAUCGCCAACCUGUAAUCCAAUUUAUUGCCAAUUUCCUGGCUAUAUUGAAAAUGGAAAAGUAAUGCUUGUUGGCCAUAUGGGAAUGUAUGAUUAUCCACCAUAUGUUAAACAUGUAACCAAUAAUAAACAAAUAAUAUUUGAAUGUGAUCGUGGAUAUCAUAUUGUUGAUGGACCACCGGGUGCCACUUGUGUGGAUGGCCAAUGGUCACCAUCUAAAUUACCAAGAUGUGAAAUUUAUUCACAUCCAAAAUUAUUACGAUGGAAUCGUUCAGUGAAAACAUUGAUGCGAUAUAAUGAAGAAUUGGAUACAAAUGAACGUUUUGAACAACAACAGGAAUCAACGAUUGUCAAAUCAACAUCAUCACAACAACAACGGAGACGAAAACGUCAUCAUUCUAAACCUUCUUGUGCACGAUUACCGGAAAAAAAUUGGAUGACAAUUUCAAUUGUACGCCUUGGAAAUGGUAAUAAUACAUAUCCACAUGGUACACGUAUACGUAUAGCCUGUGAUGAUGGUUAUGUAACGACGAAUCCAAAUCGUACUUUGAUUAAAUGUGCAAAAGGCCGAUGGAAACCAGAAUUACCGGAUUGUAUACCAGCUCCAUGCAUAACACCGACAGUGCCAAAUGCACGUUUUCAUCUUCAUCGUCGGCUUUUACAACCAGGUGAAUUGGUUAAACAUGAAAAUCGUAUUGAAUUUAUUUGUGAAGAUGGCUAUCAUGAACCAAUACCAUUAACUAAUGUAACAUUACGUUGUUCAUAUGGUUCAUGGGAUUCAUUUUCAUCCAGUCAGAUUUGUGUACCAAAACCAUGUCGGCUACAACGACGUCAUCUACCAAAUGGUUAUUAUCUUGAUCUUACAUUCGAUACAGAUGGAACAUUUAUCGAACAUGAUAGUGCAGUAUUAUUUGAAUGUUUACCUGGUUUUAAAUCGAAUAAAACCGGUGAAUAUCGAUGUUCAUUUGGAAAAAUUGAUCCAGAAUUACCGCAAUGUGUGCCAGAAAAUUCCAAUAAUAUUGAUCAUUCAACACCGUCUCCACAAUUUUAUAAUGAUGGUUCCAUAUCGAAUCGAUGUCGGUCACCGGAAAAGAUUGAAAAUGCACUAAUUUAUUUUGAUCAAUUACUUAGCCAACGUUUAACAUUGAUUGGUGUUGCACAAGUAGAUCAUUUAAUGUCUACAUAUGAUGAUUUUAAUUUGACAAAUGGCCGGAACUUGGACUAUCGUUAUGUUCAACAAUCACCAUUACCGUUUGAAUAUGAUCAUGGAACAGAAAUUGUAUUCCGUUGUGUAACGUAUGCUUCUAAAAUGGCCACCAAACCAAUUAAUAAUGAUGAUGAAUCGGUUACGGCUAACCAAACAACAUCGACACGUAGUACAUGGAUUAUUCGAUGUGAAAACGGUAACUGGAUUGGACGAUCAUUUGAAUGUGAAAAUGAUUUCAUAGAAAUGGAACCUGAAGAGAAAGAAGAACUAAUGAUGUUGAAAGAAUCAAAUGAUUUGAAUCUAUUCCAUGGAUUUAGUGGAAAUGGUUCAUGUAUGGCUUAUACAAAUGAUUCGAAUAUUCGAAUGUAUAAUGGUGAACAGAUCAUUUUGAAUGGAACAUUCGUCGUACAUGGAACGGCAAUUAAAAUAAGUUGUUCAGAUAUUGGCCGUUAUCAAUUGAUUGGAUCAAAAGAUCGUAUCUGUCAUAAUGGUAUCUGGUCACGUAGUGAUCCAUAUUGUGCCGGCCUUUCACAGGAAUAUGAUUAUUCUUUGGAUAAAUCACCAACAAUAUUAUUUCGUAAUCAACUUGGACCAAUAGCUCAAUCAUAUCAAGGAAAAUUGAUUGUUUAUCCUGGAACAAUUUUACAUCUGGAUUGUUUAUGGAAACGUAAAUAUGGUACACCACAAUGGUCAUGGAAAUUGGCACAACGUCAAUAUCUUCAAUAUUGGACAACGGACUCUUCGUUAGAAUAUCGGUUGACCAUAUUUCAUGCACAGGAAAGUGAUUCCGGCCUAUAUACAUGUCAAACUCCUAAUCUACAUAUACAUACGGUUGAGAUUAAAGUUCGAGCGAUCCAUUGUCCUAAUUUAAAUCUAACAACAACAACAACAACAACAACAAUGGCCAAUAAUGUUGAUUAUAUGGAUGAUAGUAAUGAUGCAAAUUCAACAAAUCCAACAACAACAUCAAUACCGACAAUGUCAACAUCGUUAUUACGUAUAGCUGAAACAAUAACUAAUGGAGAGAAUAAUAAUAAAAUGGGUACAAUCAUCCAUUUUGAAUGUACACUUGGUACGAUUUUGGUUGGCCAACAUUCAAUACAAUGUCUACCAAAUGGACAAUGGUCAGAUUCCAUUCCCACUUGUAAUGUUACACAAUGUUAUGAUCUAACAUCGAAUUUGACAACCAUUGUACAGAGGCAAAGGAAUCAAUCUGAUGAUGAUGUAGAAUCACAAACAUUGCAAAGAAAUUCACCAAGAAUUGAAUCAGCACAAAUUGUCGAAAUAAAUCGUACGAUUGGAUCAAAAGUUAUAUUCACAUGUCCACGUGGUUAUGGCCUAAAAGGUAGUAAUCAUGAAUUAGAAUGUUUACCAUCUGGUCAUUGGUCUGGAUCGAUUCCAUAUUGUCAAGAAGUUCGUUGUGGUGAUCCGAUGAUACCAAAAAAUGGUUACAUUGAAGGCAUUUCAAUGGAUCAACAAAUGAAUGUAUAUUUUGCUGGUGAUAUUGUCCAAUAUGCAUGUAAUGAUGGAUACAUGAUCGAUGGGAAUCCAAUAUCGAUUUGUCAAGAAAAUGGACGUUGGUCAGGGCCGAUUACAAAAUGUAAACCUUCCUGUAAUUAUCCUGGUCUAAUGCAUGGUUCAAGAUUAGUUUCGGAAGUAAAAUUUUUCUACGAAGUCAAUGAGACUAUAAAUUUUGAAUGCUAUGAAGGUACACGAGUGAAAGGAAAUCGUUCCAUUAAAUGUAUAUCUAGUGGCCGUUGGAGUGGUCCAAUACCGGAAUGUAUUCCUAUCAAUAUGAAUUUAGAUCAAAAUGAUGAUAAUAUUGAUAUCUAUCAUUAAUCAAAAAAAUGGAUGAUGAAGAAACAAAAAAAAACAGCAAAUAACGCAAUCAUUUGAAUCGAUUUGUCGUGCCUUCACCAAUCACCAUCAAUUAUCAUCAACAUCAUAAUCAUAAUCAUCAUCAUUAUCAUUAUGAUUGAUUCAGAUACAAUUACCAUUUAUAUGGAAAUCAAUUUGUACAAACAAACAAACAAACAAAAAAUUUUUCUUGAUUUAAUAAAAAAAAAAUU